GAGCAGCGAGCAGCCGAGAGCAGUCUCUCUGUGGGUGUCAGGCUGGGAUUUAAAACAACAAGAAUUGAAGGCGACCGCAGUUUCUGCCCUUGUUGCCGUUUAGCAGACAUUGUAACUCGCCAGAUACCUGCAGCCGAUCGGAUUCUAAGUUAAAAUAUUUCGACAUGCCUCCUAAAAAGCGUAACACAGGGACGCCGCUCAACAAGGAAAUAAAACAGAACAACAAAGUGGUCUCUCAGGUCAAGGAGGAGAAUUCGGAGCUGUCCAUAGACAAACACAAAGACAAGGAUUCGGAGUUCGUCACUCUCUGUGAGAAGCUGAAGGUGACAGAUGCGGUGUGCGAUCGUGCCUGGACUAUAUGGGAGUCCGUGCGAACAUCGAUGGAGAUAGUGCUGGACACCAACAAGAAGCUUUGGGGUGGUUGCCUGUUCAUCGCUGCCACAGACCUGGAUGCUAUGACCUUUACCUUCACAGAGGUCCAGAAGGCCGUGGAUCUCAACGUGAAGCAGUUCUCCAGCCUGCUGAAGAAGAUGGACGUGAACAUGGACACGGUCAGCACCAAGGUGAACGCCGCCAUGACCCGGCUGGAGAAGAAGUACGACGUGUCGCGGGCGCUCUUCCAGAGGUUUGAGAAGACGUGCAGUAAAAUCUACGUUGAUGCCUCUGACUCUAAGGGAAAGGACGGAGCUGAGGCCAAGCAGAUCAUCAGAAGCAGCUGGACACUGUUCCUCCUGGCUAAAGGAAAAGUGCUGCAGAUGGACGAUGACCUGGUGAUCUCCUUCCAGCUGCUGAUGUGCGUGCUGGAGUUCUACAUCAGGCGCUGCCCAGCCUCCCUGCUGCAGCAGCCCUACAAGACGGCCACUAACGGGGUCGGCCAGAGCCCCCCGACUCGAACGUCCCGCCGCAAUCACAGCAAGGCCAAGCCCCGCCCCCCGGAGGUGGACCUGCGGCUGCUUGAGACCCUCUGCAAGGAGAACGACUGCAGUAUCGAUGAGGUGAAGAACGUGUGCCUGACCAGCUUCUCGGCGUUCAUGGACUCCAUGGGGCUGUUGGGGGUUGAGGAGCUACCUGAGGCGUCUGGACUCUCCAAGCAGUAUGAGGACCUUUACCUCAAGAGCAAGGACUUUGACGGCCGGCUCUUCCUGGACCACGACGAAACCCUUCAGAUGUGUGACAUAGACCUGUCUCAGCUGGAGAGAACGCCCAAAAAGAACCAGUCAGGAGAGGAAGCUGUUCUCAAGCCCCCUCAGACCCCUGUCAGAGCAGCUAUGAACUCCAUCCAGCAGCUGAGGAUCAUUCUUAACUCGGCCAGCGACGAGCCCUCAGGCAUCUUGUCUGUGUAUUUCAAGAACUGCACAGUGGACCCGUCGGAGGAGAUCACCAAGCGGGUGGAGCGCCUGGGAGAGCUCUUCUGCCAGAGAUUUGCCCAGGCCGUGGGCCAGCGCUGCGUGGAGAUCGGCUCUCAGCGCUUUACCCUCGGGGUGCGGCUGUACUACAGAGUCAUGGAGUCGAUGCUGAAAUCGGAGGAGAAGAGGCUGUCUGUGCAGAAUUUCAGUAAACUCCUCAACGACUCCGCCUUCCACACCUCCCUCCUCGCCUGUGCCCUUGAAGUUGUCAUGGCGACCUAUGGUGGGAGCAGCUUCAAGAACGGCGCCUUCGGCAGCGGCGGGGGCGGCGGCGGAGGCGGUGCCGCGGAGACGGACCUCUCCUUCCCCUGGAUCCUGGACGUGUUCCGGCUGGCGGCGCUGGACUUCUACAAGGUGAUCGAGAGCUUCAUCAAGGCGGAGCCCAGCCUGAGCCGCGACAUGAUCAAGCACCUGGAGCGCUGUGAGCACCUGGUGAUGGAGAGCAUCGCCUGGAGGACGGGUUCUCCGCUGUUCGAGCUCCUCCGUCAGUGCCGGGAGGAGGGCCCGGGAGAGCAGGCUGAGCCCCCCGCCACCCUGAACCAGCCCCUUCAGCACAACCACACCGCCGCAGACCUGUACCUGUCCCCUGUACGCCCCAGCAACCGCGCCCCCCCGCCGUCUGACGCCCAGGCCACGCCCACAUCGCAGGCCGCCACCCACUCCCCCAAGCACCCCAAGUCUACCUCUCUCUCUCUUUUCUACAAAAAAGUAUACCGGCUGGCCUACCUGAGGCUGAACAUGAUGUGCUCCCACCUGCUGAACAGCCACCCUGAGCUGGAGCCCAUCAUGUGGACCCUGUUCCAGCACACGCUGCAGCACGAGUACGAGCUGAUGAGGGACCGCCACCUGGACCAGUUGAUGAUGUCAGCCAUGUACGCGAUCUGUAAGGUGAAGAAUAUCGACCUGCGCUUCAAGACCAUCGUCACAGCCUACAAGAGCCUGCCCAACACCAACCAGGAGACAUUCAAGCGGGUGUUGAUCCGGGAUGGCCAGUAUGACUCCAUCAUCGUCUUCUACAACCUGGUGUUCAUGCAGAGGCUGAAGACCAACAUCCUGCAGUAUGCUUCUCCCAGGCCCCCGACCCUGUCGCCCAUCCCCCACAUCCCCUGCAGCCCUUACAAGUACCCCAACUCCCCCCUGAGGGUCCCUGGCAGCAACAACGUCUACAUCUCCCCGCUGAAGAGCAACCGCAUGUCCCCCAGCGUCAUGACCCCUCGAACCAGAAUCCUGGUGUCAAUUGGAGAAUCCUUUGGGACGUCCGAUAAGUUCCAGAAGAUCAAUCAGAUGGUGAACAGCAGUGAUUGGCCGCUGAAGAGGAGUCUGGAUGGAGGCUCCGCCCCACCCAAGCCCCUGAAGAGGCUGCGGUUUGACAUGGAUGGGCAGGACGAGGCAGACGGCAGCAAAUCCGGUGGAAAAUCCACACUGAUCCAGAAGCUGGCAGAAAUGACUUCCACUCGAACCCGAAUGCAGGAGCAGAAGCUGAAGGACGACGCCAACUCUGUGAAGAGGGAGGAGCCUUGAGGGUGACGGACAGGUGGAGAGGACCGGAGCCACACUUCGUCAUGGCUGUAGGGCAGGCAAGAUACAGGAGCUACCCCACCCAAAAAAUGACAGCUUC